CCAGAUAGACUCAUAUCUGAAGUGGCUUCUACGUCAAAGAAUAUUGAAUAUUCAAAGAUUAACGAUAAAAAUCAAAAUAAGGUGAUUUAUGGGAAAUUCAAUCCAAUCGAAUUAAUAAAAUCACAAUUACCACUUCGAGGAAGGAAAAUUAUUUACAUAGCAAUAUUUGUAAUAUUAAUAUUUGGUUCAUUAAUCAAAUAUUAUAAAAUGGGAGCUGGUUUUUGUGAUAGUAAAUUACGAGAGAAUACCGAAAAUUCUCUUUUUGAAGAUAAUUGUAUUCCCUGCCCACCGUGCACCCAUUGCUCGAAGGGUAAAGUCAAUUCGUGUGAUGAAGGUUUCGAGUUAGUGUCUUCUUCAAUUCACUGGCUCAAACCAUUCACCAGUAGAUGCAUACUUGACCUUAAUCGUGAGCGAAGAGCUAAAGAAUAUACAAGACUACUUAAAAGUAUUGUUUUCGAAGAAAUUGGUAAAAAUGAAUGCGAAUGUGAUCAUCGUGAAUUUCUAUUAUUUCAGAAUCUCCUUAUUCUACUUCGUAACAAAAAAUUACCACUUCAGGAUACUGACCAAAAUUUUAAAACUUUUGCUCAACUUGCGUUGGAAAACUUGAGAUCGGAUGAUCAUGUUAAGGUUAUCGAUGAAUGGAUUGGCUACAAAACUAAUACCUAUAUAGUUCCAAAAAAUCCAAGACGUUCUCUUGUCUGCCAAAUUAAAACCUCUCUUUUUAAAAUAAAUUCUUUUGUUGACUGGAUAAAGGAGCACUUAUCAAUUAUUACUCAUGCUAAAUAUCUUGGCAAAAUUUGUAUGCAACGCCCUGUUUUAAUUAUUAUUAUUGAUAUGCCAACUAAGCUUGUAGAAGCUCAUGAAAAAUACAAGAAACAGAAUUAUGGUAUGCUAACACAUAUAAUGUUCCAUGGCACAAAAUCUUUAUGUGAUUCCCAACGAUUUAUCACAAAUCCAAGAGCUGGAUUUUGUAAAUCUGGUUGUGGUGUUUGUGGAAUCAUGCAAGAAGGUAACAAAAUAAAAUAUGCUUCUAAUCGCCGCAAUAUGUGGUUUGCCAACAGUUCAUCAACAUCAUAUAAUUAUUGCAACACAUCUCUUAUGUAUCGUUGUUAUAGUGACAAAUAUUAUUCAACUACAAAUGCAAUGUUUGUUGUCGAUGUUGUUGCUAGAUAUUAUGAAUCAGUACUCAUAGUUGAACGUGACGAGGCUGUCAUACCAAAAUAUCUUAUCAUAUUUCAAUGA